AUGGCGCUCAAAUUUCUGAACAAGAAGGGAUGGCAUACGGGCAGUCUACGGAAUAUAGAGAACGUUUGGAAAGCGGAGCAGAAACAUGAAGCCGAACAGAAAAAGUUGGAAGAGCUUCGCAAGCAGAUUCAAGAAGAGAGGGAACGUUCUGAAUUCAGACUCCUUCAGGAACAAGCCGGUCUCGUCCCAAGACAGGAGAGAUUGGAAUUUCUGUACGAUUCGGGAUUGGCAGUUGGAAAAGGCAGCUCUUCUGGUGGUUUCAAGGCCCUUGAAUCAUUACCUCCCAAGCCUACUGAUACGCCCGCUUCCACAUCUGCCUCUAAGCAGCAGCAGCAAUCAGUACCGGGAGCUCUUUUCGAGGACAAACAGCAAUCAUCCAGUGAUGCCUGGAGAAAACUCCAUUCAGAUCCUUUGCUUUUGAUUCGUCAGAGGGAGCAGGAAGCGCUUACUCGCGUUAAGAAUAAUCCUAUUCAGAUGGCCAUGAUUCGCAAAUCGGUUGAGGCCACAAAGAACAAGAAAAAUAGCAAUGAUGAAGAUGUUGAGAAAGCAUCCAGAAAGAAGCGUCACAAAAGGAAGCACGAGAAGCAUUCAUCGUCCAAACAUCAUUCUGACUCUGAGAAUUCUGAUCCCAAAGAAGGGAGAAAGAAGUAUUCAUCACUGAAACACAAUUCUGACUCCGAGGAUUCUGAUCCUAAGGAAGGGAGAAAGAAGUAUUCAUCAUCAAAACACCAUUCUGACUCUGAGGAUUCUGCUUCCAGAGAACGGAGAAAAUCCACUAGCCGUAGAGGCUCGUACAAGGCUUCUCGGAGUUCAAAGGAUGAGUUAAAUAGUGGGGAAGGACGACAAUCAACUAGUGCUAAAUACAAAGAUGUUCAAAAAGAAGAUGCUUAUCGGGAAAGCCGGAGGGAAUCUGAUUCCAGCAAGUGCGACAGCAAAGAGAAAAGAUUCCCUAAUGACAGCAAGUUUGAUUCUUCUUCUGAGAUUAGCCGUCGAAGGGGGUAUGAACCAUUGAAUAAUGGUAGGCAUAGGAAACCUGUUAAGCUAUCGGAAGAAGAGAGAGCUGCGAGGCUGCGGGAGAUGCAGAUGGAUGCUGAAAUCCAUGAAAAGCACAGAUUGAAGCGCAUAAAGAAGGCAGAGGAAAAUGAUAACCAGGAGGCGUUUCGUGCGGGGACAUCUAAGGGCCGAAGCUUCUUAGAUGAUGUUCAGAAAAGUGUAUACGGUACAGACAAAGGGGGAUCAUCUACCAUAGAAGAGAGUGUUCGGCGCCGAACUCACUAUUUGCAGGGCAGAUCAGAUGCCUCUGAAGUAAAUGCGUUUCGCCGCUGA